AUGGCCGAACCUGCCGAUCCUAGCGAGCUUCUUGCCCUGCAGCUCAUGCAGCAGCAUUGGGAGGAGCUCAAGGCUGAGCAAGAUGACCGCCCUGAUGAAGAGAUGAAUGAUUUUAAACUAGCAUUGCAGAUGCAGUUGCUUAGUGUUGUCAACCACUUUCAGUCUCUCGAAGACAGAAGAUACUGUCACCAGGUUUAUCCUCAACCCGACACAGAGCAGCUCGAUCCCAUAACAGCAACCGCCGCCGAACAGUCUGAAGACGCUAGUUAUUGGGCCCCAGAUACCGCGGCUCCCAGAACUGUAGUUGGAACUCUGAGAAUUGCAGACUCAGAGAGUAGUGAGGCCUCAGAGCGUGGAACCGCAGAUAGCUCUGCAGCAGCUGCUGAUGGCCCUGACUUGGCAUGCGCGGCCUGUCAUGAGGUUCAAGAUGAAAAGCUCGCUACUCGAGUGCCCUGUGGCCAUGCUUACUGCCCAGAUUGUCUUACCAGCCUGUUCGAGGGGGCAACCACUGACGAGUCUCUGUUUCCUCCCCGAUGCUGCAGACAACCGAUCCCACUCGACGCUGCAAAGAGUUGGCUUCCUAGAGGGCUUAUUACUGAGUUUGAAAGAAAGCAGCUCGAGUUUACCACCGCGAAUCGAACCUACUGUUCCAACACGAAGUGCUCUUUAUUUAUCCCACCCAAGGAUAUCGCAUCAGACCGCGCUCAUUGUCAGUCAUGCAACGAGUGGACUUGCACAAUCUGCAAAAGCGCUCAGCACAAUGACAUGUGCCCUGAUGACCCUUCGAAGGCCGAGUUUGUGGCACUGAAAGAGGAAAAUGCCUGGCAGCAAUGUUUCGGCUGUAAGAAUCUCGUCGGGUUGACCAGCGGUUGUAACCACGUCACCUGCCGAUGCGGCAAGCAAUUCUGCUACGAAUGUGGUGAUGAAUGGCGUACGUGCAGCUGUGAACAAUGGGAAGAAAGGCGCAUUAUCCUGCGAGGCAAUGAAUAG